GGGAGUGAACAAAAUGGCGGCUGCACCACCCAGUUUGGGAGAACAAAUCCGUGAGGAACUGUCCUGCAGCAUCUGCCUGGAGCUGUUCACCAGGCCCAAGGUGCUGCCCUGUCAGCACACCUUCUGUCAGGACUGUCUACAGGACCAUGCAGGGAGGGGAGGGGUCUUUACAUGCCCAAACUGCCGUCGGCAAAUUAGUCUACCAUCACAGGGGGUCAAAGGUUUGCCAGACAACCACCUUGUCUCAAGUUUAUGUGCCAGACUUCAGGGACAGGCAACAUUGUCAGAGAAAACAAGCGAACAACCUCAGCCUAGAAACAGGUGCAGCUUUCACCCCUCUGAGGAACUGAAACUGUACUGUAUGCAAUGCCAGUUACCAGUUUGUAUUGAGUGUUGUGAAGAAGGCCACGCUGGACACCCCACCACAGGCCUUAAAAAAGCUGCACAGGAAAGGAGAUCUACAGUCCAGACCUUGAUCAAUGAGGGAAGGAAUAACUUGGAGACUUACUGUAGCUUCAUCAGAAGUUUGAGGCAAAAAGAGAAGACCCUGAAUGAACAGAAACAGCAGAGAGACAACAGCAUCAUUCAAGCCUACAACAAAAUGGUGCUGAAACUCACAGAGAGAAAAGAUGACCUCUUGUAUGAAUCAGAACGCAAUUACAGGGAGAACUUAGACAGAUUUCAGCAUGUAAGGGACAGAGUGUUGGCAGAUGUGAGUGAACUGUCUGCUGCCUGUGAUCGAGCAGAACAAGAACUGGAGCAGUUCCUUGGUCAGGAAACCAUUUUGGUCCUUGGAAAGUACAGAGGAAAAGCAGCACCAACCCCUGUACAAACCCAGCCUGCUGUCUUUCAGCCUACAGACACCCCAGUGCCAGUAUUGGGACAUGUGACGGACCCUUCUGCACCAAUCCCAGCAGCACCUGCAGCUAGUAAUGUUGCAGCAAGGGUCUCAGGUCAUCACCAUGGUAACCUCCAGCAAGGGGGCUGCCAACCUCAGAGGCUGAAAUUUGGUGGACAAGGAGUAGAAUCACAAGAGUUCAAAAAUCCAAGUGGAGUGACAGUUUCAGAUGAAGGGGAGGUCUUUGUAGCAGAUUGCUGGAACCAGAGAAUCCAAGUCUUCACCCUGCAGGGAACAUUUGUCCGACAGUUUCCAGCACCCCUGACCCCUAUAUCUGAUGUAGCCAUGGAUGGGGAGGGGAAUCUAUGGGUAGUGGGGAGUGUAUACACGCAAGAGUGCCGUGCUUCUGGCAUUGCCAUACAGUACACCAAAGAUGGCAGAGUGCUAAGAAAGUUCAAACCUAAAAAAAUCCAAUCUAGUUCUGUAUCUACAAUUGCAGUGGAUAAACAGAGGAACCACAUUCUUGUUUUAGUGCAAGAUCUACAAGAUGGUAAGCAUCAUAUGCAGGUGUACAGGCCAGAUGGAACUCUAGUGAAAACUGUGGAUGUGCAGAAGGUCAUUGAAGAAGAAAGGAAUCAACAACAGGGAACCAAAGCUUUAUAUCCACCUCCAUCUACAUUCUAUGUCACUACGGACGGGGAAGGGAACAUUCUGUUGUCAAUUGGUUACUAUAACUGUGUCUUUGUCUUCAAAGAGGAUGGACAGUUCCUGUUCCAUUUUGGGGACUUGGGAAGUGGUGAAGGUGAGUUAAAGGGACCCAGUGGUAUCUGCACGGACAGGGUGGGUAACAUCAUCGUGGCAGACAGUGGCAACAGACGUGUGGAGAUGUUUGACAAGACAGGCAGAUUCAUCAAGCACAUCACUACGGACAUGACUAAGCCGUGUGCUGUUGCCAUGGCAACACAGGGACAGGUUGUGGUGACUGACUCAGAAAAGCAUUCAGUCAGCAUAUUUUACAACUUCUGAAUUUGAGCAGGACACUUUGAAUACAUGUGUUACUUACCUGGUGAAUUAUACAAAUGUUUCCUCCAGAAAAUUAUG